UACGGCAGAGGGAGAAAAAGCAUCUUUGUGGGCUGGAAGAGAUCCAUAAAUGGAAACUUUGGGGAUGACUUGUCCUGAUGUAGGUGCAGAGGGUUUGUGUGUUGAGGAGUCUCACUGGUUGUUGCUGCGAUCAGAUGGAUGGGCAGCUUUGGUUUUCUCUUAAAAGCAGUCAUAACUGCGUAUAGCUAAGGAUGAAGUUUCUCCAAAAUACAAAGUAGAAAAGAUUAAAAAAAAAGCUCAUUCCCAGAAAAAUCUUUUUUUUUUCUGGCACUCUCCUGUGGCUGAUCUCUACUCUGCGUGGCUGCUCAUCUGAAGUGCCUUGCAGCACUCACCAAAGAACUGUGAGACAUCAAGAAAAUGUUUUUAUCCAGCCCAAACCACAUUUUAUUUUAUUUUCAGCCGCCUGGAAUUACCUGGAAUUUAAGCAACUUCAGACACGAGACAACAACAGGCAGCCACUUGUCCAAGGCAGCUUCAAAGGUGGCAACAACAACUGCUUCCACUCUGCUGGAUGCUACCAAUUCAAGUGACUACCUGUAUGAGUACUUGGAUGAAGAGGAUUACACGCAGUAUGCCCUCUGCACAAAAGAAGACAUACUCUCCUUUAGUAGAGUAUUCGUGCCAUGUUUUUACAUUGUGAUCUUCCUGGUUGGGUUGGCUGGGAACAUCCUCCUGUUUAUUGUCCUCAUUAUGUACAUCAAGAAGAAAAAGAAGAUGACCGAGUUGUAUCUGCUGAACCUGGUGAUUUCAGACUUCUUUUUGCUACUAACUCUUCCUUUUUGGGCUCUGUAUAUUUCUCAGUGGGUAACCUGGGACAUAUUGUGCCCGGUCUUAAAUGCCAUGUACACUCUGAAUUUUUACAGUGGUGUCUUUUUUGUGAGCUGCAUGAGUCUGGACAUGUAUCUGCAGAUUGUUCAUGCUUGCACUCCUCACAGCUCCAUGUCACAAAAGAAGUCCAUCCUCCUCUUAUUGGUGGUAUGGGUCCUUUCCAUACUUCUCUCCAUUCCUGAUGGCCUCUUCACCAGCACAAGGCAAAUCUACAACAAAACCAUCAUGUGUGUCCAUGAUUAUGGCCAGAAACACGUUGUUUGGAAAAUUGUCUUUCGGGUCCUUCAGAACAUUCUGGGUUUCCUUUUUCCCUUCCUCUUCAUGCUAUUCUGCUAUUCCCGAAUAGCAUGUGCCCUCACCACAUCUCAGAUGCCUGGGUCAAAGAGAGCUUUCUGCUUUGUCUUUGCUCUGGUGGGUGUCUUCUUUGUCCUGUGGUCACCUUACAACAUUGCCCUCAUCCUUCACUCCCUGCAAGAUGUCGGUGUGAUCAGGAGCUGUGAAAGCAGUAGGCAAUUGGACUAUGCCAUGCAGAUCACGGAGAGUUUGUCCUUUGUCCACUGCUGUCUCAACCCCUUGCUCUAUGCAUUUGUAAAAAAACGAUUCCGAUUAUAUUUAUGGAAGAUCCCUCGGGCCUUUUUCAGGAGAAGCACUUUCUUUGACAUCCAGCCCUCAGAGACAAACCAGUCUUGCAGCAGAUACGCAGCUGAGAUAGAAAUGUUGAGUAUCACAAAUGCCUGAUAAAUAUGUACAUU